CCGCCCCGGCCCGCGCCCCGCCUCCGCCCCGGCCCGCGCGCCGCCCGAGCCCGGCUGCCGCCAUCAUGAUCUGCCUGGUGCUGACCAUCUUCGCCAACCUCUUCCCGGCAGCAGCCUACACCGGCGUGCACGAGCGCACCUUCCUGGCAGUGAAGCCCGACGGCGUGCAGUGGCGGCUCGUGGGUGAGAUCGUGCGGCGCUUCGAGAGAAAGGGCUUCAAGCUGGUGGCGCUGAAGUUGGUGCAGGCCUCCGAGGAGCUGCUGCGGGAGCACUACGCUGAGCUGCGGGAGCGCCCUUUCUAUGGGCGACUGGUGAAGUACAUGGGCUCGGGGCCGGUGGUGGCCAUGGUGUGGCAGGGUCUAGACGUUGUGCGCGCUUCGCGGGCGCUCACUGGGGCCAGGAACCCGGUCGACGCCACGCCCGGCACCAUCCGCGGCGAUUUCUGCAUCGAGGUCGGCAAUAACGUGAUUCACAGCAGCGACUCGGUGGAGAGCGCCCGCCGCGAGAUAGCGCUCUGGUUCCGGGACGAGCUCCUGUGCUGGGAAGACAGCGCCCGGCACUGGCUGUACGAGUAGCUGCAGCUCCUCGCCUGCAUCGGGUUGUGGCUGCCUCUGCAUCCUCCGGGCCCCACCCCGGGAGCUCAGAACCCCCUUCCUGCGGCAGGGAUCACAGCAGCCCCCAGCGUGACAGCAGGGCAGGCAGGUGCACAC